AUGUCAACCACCGAGUGUCCGAUCUGCUCGCGGCAUGUGCGCUCUGAGAACCUCAUGCUGCACGUAGACGCCUGUUUAGCCAAGCAGGGCCGACCUAAGACGCAGUUCCGCUCUCCGUCGCCAUCCGUCAGGUCCAAGUCUCCAACGACCAGUAGAACGCCGAAUCGAAGUCCACCACCCCAAAAUUCCUCGCCGUCGCCUUCUGCCCAAAAGAAGCGCAAACGCACGGCGACCGACGAUGCGUCAGCAGUGCCAUUGGCCGAGAGGAUGAGACCUACAGACCUGAAUGAUCUGGUGGGUCAGGAGGAGCUCCUCGGUCCCGGAAGCUUGUUGUCCACGCUGAUUGAGGCGGAUCGAGUGCCCAAUAUGAUUUUAUGGGGACCCCCAGGAUGUGGUAAAACGACGUUGGCCCAUGUGAUUUCCAAGAAGACGGGCUGCAAGUUCAUUAGCCUGUCUGGCGCGACAUCCAAGGCUGGCGACAUGAAGGACGCCGUGGAUCGAGCUAGAGGGGAGCGCAAGAUGUUUCGUCGACGCACCAUCGUCUUCGUUGACGAGAUCCACCGCUUCAACAAAAUUCAGCAGGAUUUCUUCUUGCCACCAGUUGAAGACGGUACCAUUACGUUGAUCGGCGCUACAACGGAGAAUCCGUCGUUCGAAGUGAACAAUGCGCUACUAAGUCGCUGUCGAGUGUACUCACUAAAGAAACACACACCAGAGUCCAUCGAGAGAAUCCUUCGACGUGCGCUGACUGCUGGAGAUCAAAUGUCUUUCGAAGCUGAAGACGAGGCAAUUAAAUACUUGACCACACAGUGUGCUGGUGACGCCCGAGCCGCGUUAAACUGCUUGGAGAUGGCUAUCCAAACUGCCCCUAUUGAUCCUGACAAGCGGGUGCUACGGGUGUCUGCUAUACACGUCCAGCACUGUUUUGCGCAUAGACAAACACUGUUCUACGAUCGAAACGCUGACAUGCACUACGACGUCAUUAGCGCUUUACACAAGUCGAUUCGAGGCAGCGACGAGAACGCGACACUGUACUGGCUGGCGCGCAUGCUAGAAGGCGGUGAAAACCCCCUGUACGUGGCUCGACGACUUAUUCGAGUCGCAAGUGAAGAUGUUGGACUCGCAGCCCCAGAGUUACUUCCGCUGGCUGUAUCAGCCUAUCAAGCGGCUCACUUUACCGGGAUGCCAGAGUGUGACGUCGUGCUUGCCCAUGUCGCGACGAUGCUUGCUCGUGCGCCAAAGUCCAUUGAGGUUUACGCUGCGUACAAACGGGCGAAGCAAUCGAUCCACGACUGGGGUAAAGGGGCAUUACCGGACGUUCCUAUGCAUAUCCGUAAUGCCCCCACAAAGCUGAUGAAAGAGAUGGGGUACGCCAAAGGUUACAAGUAUAACCCACACUAUACUGCAGAAGAGCUCAAAGACCAAACAUAUCUGCCCGACGAAAUGGUCGACACCAACUUUUUUGAAGACGCGAAGACCGAGCAAGAUGCAGGGGGUUAG